AUUGUUAUAUAAUAUAUGUUCGUAAUUAUGACACCCUUACGUAAGUCGACGGUGAGGUGACUGACGAAAUUCUGCUUGGACUUUCUUCACCUGUUUAUAUAUUAUUACGCAUUUCGAAAAUGACCUCCAAUCUGAUUCUAGCAGGACUUGGUAUAGCAGCAGUGGGUUUUGGAGGGAGAUAUCUAACCAGACAUGCUAAAACUGUAACACAGACACUGAAAAAACAGAUGGAUGCAUCUGGGGCAUUGAGCAAGUACUAUAAAGGGGGAUUUGAUCCAAAAAUGUCAAAAAGAGAAGCUGGUUUAAUUUUAGGAGUAAGUCCAUCAGCAAGUAAAGUCAAGGUGAAAGAUGCACAUAAAAGAAUAAUGUUAUUAAAUCAUCCAGACAGAGGUGGUUCACCAUAUCUUGCAUCAAAGAUUAAUGAAGCAAAGGACUAUUUUGACAGUAACAAGGCAUAAAGAGACAAAGUGAUCUAUUCAAUACCUCAGUCUUUCAAUAAACAGGCAUUUAUUGCUUUCAAAAGAUAUAACAGACAGGCCAAGAAUACAACCAAUUUGAUGGUCUACAAUUAUGUCACUACCAUUGCAAAUUGAUUAGUCAUCCAGCAUUGUCGAGAAAUCUUUGUGAUAAUAAAACACUUUUCAUUAA